AGGAGAAAGGAGCGUCCCUCCACGGACGCGCGUGCUGCUGUACUAUUGUCCGGUGCGUGCAGAUGGUUCUCCGGUGUGAUGGCUUCAGGGAAAUGGAAUUUCAAAAUUCCAAGCUCAGUUCGGUGAUUCGGGACUUACUAAAUAAGCGUUCAAUGCAAUAGUUGACACGUCUGCUGCAGACCUCUGACUUCCCAACAACCCGAAGAGGUGCCAAAGAAGUGUGCGCGGACAAACAAGCAGUGCGCGUUUUUCCCUCUGUCUCUCUGAGUCAAGUAUUUGGAUUUGACAAGUCAAAAUAUUUAAGCCAUUUUCAUAGCUGGUUGGUUUUACUUUUAAAUCUUGAGAUUUUAGAUUUUUCUUCUCAAUAAAACACUCUUAUUUAGUCACUUACAUGGGAUUACGACCUCUCAUCAAUGAAGUCCGGCAUCAGUUUUAAACAGAUUUUUCUCUUUUAGAAGAACAGGCAGGUGACCAACGAGUUUAAGAUGACAUAUUUGAUUGCUUUUAUUCUGUCAUUAUCAACGUGUCUGUCUGUGGUGAGUGGAAGGCAUCCAACAUGUAACUUCCUCCUGGAGCUUGAAACAGACCAGGAAGAAUGUCUUGUGAAGCUGAGGGACGAAGAAUCUUCAAAUUACUCCAAAGGAGUGGGAUGCAAAGCGAUCUGGGAUAACAUAGCAUGUUGGGACCGUGCAGAGGUUGGAGAGACUGUCACUAGAGAGUGCCCCAGAGUGCUCAAGAUGUUUUUUGGCAGAAAUGGAAACAUAAACAAGAACUGUACAGCGGACGGAUGGUCUGAUGUUUUCCCCAACAUCAGCAGUGUGUGUGGGGCAGAAGAAAAGCAUGAUAAGCUUGUCUUCUUUACGGUGGUGAAGACUCUGUAUACGCUGGGCCACAGUUUGUCUUUGAUCGCCCUCACAACCGGGAGCGCCAUUCUCUGUCUAUUCAGAAAGCUCCACUGCACGCGGAACUACAUUCACCUCAACCUGUUCUUUUCCUUCAUCCUGAGAGCGGUGGCAGUCCUUGUGAAGGACGACAUCCUCUUCUCUCGCAAUCAGUGCUCUGAGCAGCCUUCACUGAUUGGAUGCAAGGCGAGCCUGGUGAUUUUUCAAUACUUUAUCAUGGCCAACUUCUUCUGGUUGCUGGUCGAGGGCCUCUACCUCCAUACACUCCUGAUUGUCAUCUUCUCUGAAAAUAGACACUUCAUUGUUUAUCUUCUCAUCGGCUGGGGAUUCCCAACCGUGUUUGUUUCUGCAUGGGCUAUAACAAGGGUUUAUUUUGAGGAUACUGGAUGCUGGGAACAGAAUGAUAACCCAAUCCCCAAGUGGGUGAUCAAUGUACCCAUAGGCUUCUCCAUCAUGGUGAACUUCCUCCUGUUCAUCAGUAUUAUAAGGAUUCUGGUUCAGAAGCUGAGGUGUCCUGAUGUGGGUGGCAACGACCAGUCACAAUACAGGAGGUUGGCCAAAUCCACUCUCCUGCUGAUCCCCCUGUUUGGCAUCCAUUACGUUGUCUUUGUGUCUCUCAAUGAAUCUAUGGAAAAUUAUAAAAUCUUCUUUGACCUUGCUAUCGGAUCCUUUCAGGGCCUGGUGGUUGCCAUCCUGUACUGUUUCUUAAACAGUGAGGUUCAAGGGGAACUCAAGAGAAAAUGGCGGAGUAUAUGCCUCAACUGCCAUAUGGCCAGAAACUACACCCAGCACAACACCUACGCCUCCAGAAACGGCUCAGAGAACAUGGCUCAGUUCCAACGUAAUUCUCGUGCUCAGUCCUUCCUGCAGUCAGAGACAACUGUGGUGUGAGAGCUGCGUGUAAAAGAGGGAUCGGUCUCCAUUAAAACGCUCUGGAACUCUGGUAUUGGCCUAAAUACACACUACAGCACACACAGCCUACAGUUGUGGGCACUAAAAAGUUAGCUUGGACCACGGUAUUGGCAGAACAAUUGGCAUAAUGGCACUCUAGGAUCUUCUAAUGAGUUUGUCACUAAAACCUGGACCCCGGUACAGGGUUUGAAUUUAUUUAUUUUUUAUGGCAGAUGGCGUAACAGGGUAUUUUUGAACAAAUAUGAAUAUAUUGGGCAAUUUGUAAUAAUUGGUUUAAGUAAACAUUUUCAUUACUGGAUGCCAAGGAGAAGUGCUCUGCAUGGCUCUUAAAUCUUUAUCUCUCUCUCCCUCUCCCUGUAGUAAAAUGGAUUUCACUCUGUGGUUAACGACCAGAGAUGCCUCUGCCUAUACGCCCACGGUUCCUCUGCCACUAAGGUGUCCCCAACCCAAAAAGGAAAAAAACGAAGGAACUCAGUCGGGGUUUCAACUUACUGUUGAGAGUUACAAAGUAGAAUACACAAGUUGCAAUUUAGAAAUAUCGUCAUGCAUUGCAGUUUGCCACUUGUCAUGUCAGUCACUGACAGUCACUCAAUUAGCCCAGCUAUGUCAGCUCAAUUCUUUAGAUAGCUGGGUAGACUACCUUUCUCAGCAAUCUAAACCCUGUAGUAAUCAUCACCAAAUGACAGACUGGGCAUGGAGUGUGCCAAAGGGCCCUGUCCUCCAGCCCCCCCCUCCCCCCAUUUGAUUUUGUAAGUCACUCUCACUCAUAUCAUAUGAACAUGACAUAAAUCAUGGCAAUGUGUAGAAUUGCAAGAAAUUAGCUUUAAAACGGUAAAAUGUUCUCUUCACCUCAGAUAAUAUUGUAGUUAAAAAAUUAAAAAAUCAUGCAAUUCUACUCCUUUUGCUAUGGGGCAGAGAUAAUUGUUCAGGUUCAUAGGUAAUAUCCUUCAAUUCUACACGUUUAGUCAUAGGGUGGACUGAAUUGUUUGCAGUUUUUAAUAGGAUAUCUGAGUGAGAGUGACUAACAAAAUCAAUGGGGCCCCCAUGUUCGGUAAUUCAACCAUGAUUACAACAAGUUUAGAUCGCUGGCUCGACUAGUUUACCAAUCUAAAAUACUUUAGCUGACGUGGGAUAAUUGAGUGACUGUAAGAGACAAACUGCUGAUGCACAACCACAUUUUCGAAAUUGCACCUUGUGUAUUCUGCUAUUCUAACUCUCAACAGUAGGUUUGAGUUCCUUCAUUUUUUUUAAUGCUAUAUUAGCCGAGCUGACUGUGGUUCUAGUAAAUCCAAUGCAAUGUUGUCAAAACAUGAUUCCAAUGAAACUAGGAUUGUCAGGGCAAGGAUGUGUUUUAGUUAUACGACAUGUGUACAUUUUACAUGUUGCUUUGGGUUGCCAUCGAAAGGAUUAUAAAAUAAGACGUUUUUUUGUUAACACAGGUUUUCUGCAUCAGUUGUCUAAGAACCGUAAGAGUAAGGGCUUAGAGGAGGUGAACGACCAUUGUGUACAUAAGAGUAUCUUGACCUACUGCAAAGUACUGGUAUGUCAUGUUUGCUGAGUUAUUACUCUGAAUUAUUUUCUGCAAAGACCAUGAAUGUUAUACCACAUGAUUGUGGUGUAAGUGUUGCAUCAAGUGAAUGUAAUUUCCCUCUGUCUUUUACAGUAUGCUAUGUUUUUUUUUUUUUUCAUUCGUCAAGGCAAUCAACCAAAGCCUUCUCUGAUGUAAGUUAUACAGCUAUGUUGUCCAUGUAAAUGUUAACUCGAGGUAUGAGUUCUGUGGUAGAUAACUUAAAUGCUCCAGUCUGGGAUGCUAUACACCCAUCCACCCGGCGUACCAGACCGUGAUUUCAGGUGCUUGGUGUAGAUAUGAAAGAAAGACAGGAAAUGAAUGCUGAUUAGCUUGGUGUUUUCACUGAGAAGGUGACAAUGUUUAGACUUGAGGUCACAUAAGAACAAAACCUUGGCUCCAACAUUGAAAUCUUUUGUGUUUAGUAAAAAAAUGAUUCCCAAAGGUUAUAUCUACUGUAAGGUUGUUCCCUGAUCACCUAAGAGAUUUCAGACGACCCCAUGUAUUUGCCAUGUAAAAUACUGCCAGGAUUGUGUGUUUUUUUUGGGCAUGUUUGUCAUUGAUGUACAGUAGUCAAUCAAAAUGUUAAGUGCCUAAUAUUUGCUAUUUAAUCGUAAUUAUUUAUUCCACAUCCUAUUGCUAAUGCUGCUUCCCAAAUGGCACACUAUUCCCUACAUAGUGCAACAGGUUUGACCAGCUCUGUUCAAAAGUAGUGCACAAAAUAGGAAUAGGGUAUAAUUUAGGGCGCAUCCUAUGUGUAUAUUAAAUGCCAUAGCUUUGAUGAACAUUAGUGAUGUAUCCUUGUCUUGAUUAGCCUGAAUGUUUGUCUGUUUGUGUUUUCAUGUCAACAACUUGUCACUCAUUGUCAGGCUAAGUGCCAUACGCAUUGUCGUUGGUUUAACAUAGACAGCCAUGGAGUUGGCAAGAGCACAAACAGAUUUGGGACUAGGCUACAAGGCUGUAUGUCCUCAUGAGAACAAAAUGUUUGCCUCUUUCCAUUAGCUGCAUUCUCACCGCUAUACCCUCCCACCACGGGGAGCCAUUUUAUAAGGUUGCAUAACAAACAUUUUUAUAUAUUAGCAACAUGCUAUUGAAUGAUGCUUUGUUUUAAUGUCUGGGUACAUGUAUGUCAUGAGAUCAUGAUGAGUAAACAAUUCAGCACCU